AUGUUCACUUCAAAAAGUGAGAAAGACAUGAACUGUUUGCUGGUUGGUCUUCUGCUCCUCUCCCUUCUCGAUGCAAGCAUUAGCAUAAAUCCAUGCGGUCUGAUGGAUAAGAAGUCAUGGAUUGUCCCAAAACCAUCUAAAAUCGCUUGUAAAAAAUAUUGCAAGAUCACGAAGGACUGCAACGAUGGCUAUUGUCGGAAGAAUAAAGGACGAUGGAUAUGCGAAUGCUUCAGAUGUGACGAUAAUCAACAUGGGUCGACGUUCAUACCAGGAUUGACUCACUCGCCUUUUGGUAAAAGCCGUUGGAAGCCUUGGAAAAAAUACCAAGAUUGACUCCCUCCGAAUAUCACAACAA